UUGGUUGGCUAGCGGUGAGGUCAUUAGGAGGCGACACGGACACGCAUGCUCAGAGGUUCACGGGUUGUCAGUACUAUGGCUCCUUGAAGGAGUGCACUGUGGAGGUAAAGGCCCCUGGGUUUCAUGCAACAUUCAGGAUUUUAUAAACUGAACAUUUUUAUUUUAUAUCUAAACAGCAAUGGCUUUAAGCUUAAAUAUAAUACAGAAGCUACAUCUGUGCAGACAUCCCAGAUGGACUAAACCAUUCUGCCCAUUGUUGCACCCGUCUUCACAACUCUUGCAAUGCAAACUGUACAGCAGCAAAUAUCGCAGGCCUGGCCUCCCCCCAGACAACACUCCUCCUUGGAAAAGGAUCAAUUUCAGCUUUGAGAAGGGAGUGGCAGGAGUGAAGAAACACUUUGGGUUGCUGAAGAAGGAAGUAGAGGAUCAUUUGAGAGGUCCUGGGGGAAAGACUUUGAGGGAGAAUAUUUUGGAGCAGACAAAUGUUGUUUGGGAGUUCAGAAGCUUAGAGGAUCUGGACAAAUGGACUCUAUCGUCAGACCAGGAGAUAGGAGGGAAAAGUCAGGUGUCUCUAAAGCUGGGAAGGAACAAUCAGACAGCUCUUUUUUAUGGUACCCUCAAUACUGAAGUUCCUCGGGAUGGCGAAACAAGAUACAGUGGGUACUGCACUAUGAAGUCCAAAACCCCUUUGGGAGCAUUCAAUCGUAAGCUGCAUUAUGACUGGUCCAACUUUAACACUCUGUACUUGCGAGUACGUGGGGAUGGACGACCUUGGAUGGUGAACAUCAAGUCAGACAGCUAUUUCUCCCAACAAAGGGAUGAUCUAUACAAUUAUUUCAUAUACACCCAAGGAGGCCCUUACUGGCAAGACAUAAAGAUCCCUUUCUCCAAAUUCUUCUUAUCCAGUCGUGGCAGAAUUCAGGACAACCAGCAUCCUCUAUGGACUGACAAGAUAACUGCGGUUGGAUUUACCCUUGGUGACAAGGCCAAUGGACCCUUUCAGCUGGAAAUAGACUUUAUUGGUCUUUGCAAUGACAGAGCACACACAGAAGAAUUUGCCUAUGAGAAAUAUAAGCGCAACCCAUAAAUAACCUUGCGAAGUCAACCUUGCUUAAUACAUUUUGUAUUCUUGUGAAUAAAGCCAUAUUGGUGUUCA